AUUGACCUAAUCAAGAUGGCGCCCGAGGUUAUUCUCCGGAGGGCAAAAGCGGCGGUGAUUACUCAGUUCCAAGAUGGCGGUGGCGACGGAGGCUCGCGGAGGGGCGGAAAGCGCCGGGAGCGUCUUUGCCCUCCUCUAAGAUGGCGGCCGCCGUGGGCGUUGUCCCUGGCUCCGCCCCGCGGCCUCCGCUCCGCCUCUCCCGCGUUCUUCCCCCCGCCCUCUCGCUGUGGGCAGUCCGGGCGGAGGAGCUUACGCGAGGAGAGUGGGUGCCCGGCAGUUGACAUGGCGGCGGCGGCGGCGACGACUGCAGCGUCGAAGGGGAAUGGGGGCGGCGGGGGCCGUGCCGGGGCCGGCGAAGCCAGCAGCUCGCGGAAGAAAAAGGGCCCAGGGCCUCUGGCCACGGCAUACCUGGUCAUCUACAAUGUGGUGAUGACCGCGGGGUGGCUCGUUAUAGCAGUUGGUCUGGUCAGAGCAUACCUGGCUAAGGGUAGCUAUCAUAGCCUUUAUUAUUCCAUUGAAAAGCCUUUGAAAUUCUUCCAAACUGGAGCCUUAUUGGAGAUUUUACACUGUGCAAUAGGAAUUGUUCCAUCUUCUGUUGUCCUGACUUCUUUCCAGGUGAUGUCAAGAGUUUUUCUAAUAUGGGCAGUAACACAUAGUGUCAAAGAGGUCCAGAGUGAAGACAGUGUCCUCCUGUUUGUUAUUGCCUGGACCAUCACAGAAAUUAUCCGUUACUCCUUUUAUACAUUCAGUCUGUUAAACCAUCUGCCUUACCUCAUCAAAUGGGCCAGGUACACACUCUUCAUUGUGCUGUACCCAAUGGGAGUGUCCGGAGAAUUGCUCACAAUAUAUGCCGCUUUGCCCUUUGUCAGACAGGCUGGCCUGUACUCCAUCAGUUUACCUAACAAAUACAAUUUCUCCUUUGAUUAUUAUGCAUUCCUAAUUCUGAUAAUGAUCUCUUACAUUCCACGAAGGUGUGCCCAGUGCCGCCGCAGCCACCCACCCACCCUCUGGCACAACAGGACGGACACAUGCACAGCCGCCGUCUCCACCCUACAUGUCCUGAACUUUUUUCCCCAGUUAUACUUCCACAUGAUACACCAGAGAAGAAAGAUCCUUUCUCAUACUGAAGAACACAAGAAAUUUGAAUAGUUCCUUCUUCCUGCACAUCCCCAGAAACAAACUUUCCAAUGACAAAAAAUGCUGCAGACUUUUUCAGUUCCCAAUACGUUUCAUAGAAAAUAAGUAAGAACUAUUUUUAAAUACUAAAAAAAUAAAUAAACAAACCAAAAUCCAGUGUCAUGUGGGCCUGGGGUUUUCUAAAAAACAAAACAAAAAAACGAAAGCUGUUACAUAAAACAUCCUGGCCGGUCCAUUUCAGCAUGCUCUUUCAACCAGAAGUUCCCAAUAUUUAUGAUGGCGCUGGAAAGGGAUUUGGCAUUUCAUAUCCUCCUGUUUCCUUCACAUGUCUGAUAAAUAAAAGAUCUGUAACACUAAACACUUGAGCGUUACAGUCUGAGCCAUGAAGUUGCGCCCACUGAAUGCCCAGCUUGGAGCAGGUACGUCUCAGUCUGCAGUGUGUUUAGCAUCCCCUCUCUAAGCGCUUGACUGCAUGCUGGAAGCCGUUUGUUCUCUGGCAUGCUCUGAAGUUAUGGCUGGGACCUUCCCCUCUUAUCUAGUGAAUGAAUUAUACAAUGUACAUGUCUGUGAAACUUUGGGGUAGUGCCUAUAAUCAGAAAACAACUAGAACUGUUUUGUUUGUUUUCAUUUGAGUCAUUACUGCUUGCCACUACGAAAUGUGCUUGAAUUUAAUAAGUAUGUGUAUAUUGUAGAGAAGCUACCUUAACUGGGGCUCAACCACAAUCCUAUUUUAACAAAACUGGACAGUUCUGAGGAAGGGAAAGCUCAGUAGCUAGUCAAUGACAGGUACCUUUCACAGUACCAUUCUCAGAACACCCUGAGUAAGGAGUUUGCCAGGAGCUAUUCUUGCUUAGGGACCUGAAGCCAGUCUAGUGCACAGAAGUAGAGAAUCUGUUCUUGAAAGCACAUGGAAGGCGUUACUCUAGAAAUGGAGUUUGGAAGAACAAUCAGGAAUGGGUUUAUGUACCCUUAUUAUUUUAUUUUCACAUUUUUAUUCAGCUCUUCUGUUUGUAUACUUUUCCUUAUUAUGGUACUAUGUAAUUCCCACCAAGUUGUAAGUCCAGAGGCAGUGAAAUGUUCCAGUUGGGCAGUCAUGAACUAAAAGUAGUAUCGUCCCCGCAUUUUGGAGCAGCCAAGAAAUACUUUGGACAUAUGGACAUUGUCUAAUUAACGUCUUGUCUACAUACUAUAAUUGCUAAACUGUGCAUUUAAGACUUUUCAAGAAAGGGUUGGAUGAAAAUGUAAAGCCCAAGUUUAGACAUGCGUUAGAUUUUAAAUAUACAGUGUUCUUUACGGAAACAUUUUCCCUUUUUUUUUUUAAUUGGUUGAUCUUUUAAAAGUCUAGCUUAUUAGCUUACUGACUGGUUAUCAACUAAAGUAUAAUUACCAAUAUUAGAAGGGUGUCAUAAUGGAAAAAUUUUAAAUGCUUAUUUUAAUAGAAGCUUGAAAAUUAAGAUGAAAAUGAGAAGAAAAUAUGCAGCCUGAGAUUUAAUGCAAGCAGAUGUAUAAUAUGUUAUUUUUGAAUUGAUCAUUAAAAUUCUGCUUCUUAAAAGCAGCACUCUUGACUUGGGUGUGGUGAGAUUAGAAUCUAUUCUUGUAUUUGAUAAACAAAACAUGUGGGAAGAUUAUUUUUCAUGCUUUUUUCUCUUAUUUUUCCAAAAUGUUUUUCUACCAUAAAAUAUAAUCAAUUUGGGUUAUAUUAGCCUUAUUACUUAAGUUGAGUAAGAUUUUUUUCAUUUGUGUUUGAAAUAGUUAUAGAAGAUGGGAUGAAAAAUGCAAAUUUUCCAGGAUUGCUGGAUUGGGAGUUUUAUUCAGUCCUCUCUAUUAUAAUUUGUCACUAUUUAUGAAAAACAGUCUGUCACAAAUAGUGGUCAUGCAUCAAAUUGAACUUUGACAGCAAGAACGCAGCGAACAACUCCCUUCUCAAAAAGGGUCUCAACCCCAGUGUGUGUUUUUGUCCGUCAACAUUUAAAAUGCUCGUUGCAGAUAAGUAAGGCAUGCACUGUGUCCUUCAGUCACCUCUCUCAGUAACUGGUUUCUUUAUCUCUAAUGUGAAUUCAUUUCUCUUUGGAAGUGGUGGUGUUCGUUUAUGGACUGAGAACAUCUAACCCCACCGGAUAUCACAUCUUCUUAUAAGGUGUGGAUGAGGAAGGUGGUGUUUUGGUGGGUAUUUUCUCAGACUUAACCACUUUCAUUUCCAGGCAGAGUCAAAGGCAUCAUCUGCUCCCCCCGCAACCCCUACCUGAUGGGGUGUUUCAGUUCCCCCGCUUUGGGGACCACCUUCUGGCAGAGAAUUCUUUGAGAUACGCAGUAGUGCUGUAUCGACACAAGCUGCUAAUCUGCAUCUUGCUGUGUUCUGUUUGCUAAGGUUGGGGUCAUUCAUUUAACACGUACUGACUGUUUUCAAAGGCUCCGUCGAGAGUUAGUCAUGGAAUAAAGCACAUCCACCUGAUGGAAAUAUUUCUCUGGAGCAAACUUCCGACAGGAAGGGCUUAGAAGGUGUAGCUUUGAGGCAUGUGAAGAGAUUGUGCCCUCACUUCCACUUGUGUUUUUGGUUAUUCAUUUAUAAUAAAAGGUUGGCAUCGAUGUGGUACAACCUGCAAAUUAGUUUCAAUUCUGAGUUUUGGAUAAAGCAUUGUAAGACAAAAUCGGUACAUACCGCUCCUUUGAAAUUUGGAUAAAAAAUUAUACAACCAUAUAUAAAGUCAUUUUUAUAUUUUUUCUAUGUUGUGAAAACCAAAACUGUAAUUUUAUAAGUCUUUGAUUCACUAAAAUUAUAUAAUUUAAAUGUAUUUUUUGUAUAUUUAGAAAUAAGGAGUUCAAAGACUAUGCUUAACUUUCUAUGCAUGCAUUUGGAAGCUGUUUUUACCUGAUAAUGUAGUAAUAAGUUGUAUUCAUAAAAUACUGAUCUGUGUUGCAUUUCAAAAUAAACUGAUGUGUGCUCUGCCUGGAUUUGA